AAGCCGAGCAGGAGGUUGGAUAUUACAUGCUCUCCUCAGCGACGCGAUUUUGCUCUGGCUCAGCUGAAGUUUUCCCACAGAUAAGAGGGAAAGGGGUGGGGAAGCAAGACUGCCCCGAGGACACCUCUCUCUUGCAGGACAUGGAGAACAGGCCAGCAGAGACCAACUCAGAGGUGGACAAAUCAGCAUUGCCCUCAGUGGCUCAGUUAGCAGGGAAAUUCAAAGAGCAAGCAGCCAAUAUCACUGGAAAAGAGGUACCACCACAUAAGCCAGCUAGGAGAAAACCACCAUGUUCCCUUCCACUGUAUUCCCACAAAACUGAGACAAGUGACAACGAUGAGCAAAAACGGUCUCCAAAUGCUUGCCCCAUUCCCAAAGUGAAGGUGAAAAGCUCCCCCAUGAUUGAAAAGCUGCAGGCCAAUCUGGCUUUUGCUCCAGCCGCUCUACUGCCAGGAGCAUCUCCCAAAAGCCCUGGUCUGAAAGCCCUGGUUUCUCCGUUUAGCACCCCUCCCUCAACGCCCAGCAGCCCAGGGAUUCAGCCCCAGGCCAGUGAAGUGAAUGAGACUCCGGUCAGCUUUGAUCAACCCCCAGAGGGCACUCAGCUGCAAUUCUAUAACAAGGUGCGGACACGAGGCUCAAUAAAGCGCAGGCCUCCCUCCAGGAGGUUCCGAAGAUCUUUGUCUGAGUAUGGAGACGGGGAAGAUUUAGGGGUCAACAUCUCUCCAGAAAAUGGUGCCAAGGAAGAUGGGUAUGAGGUGUUUGGGCCCAAGGGCAAGACAAAGGCGGCAGAAACAGGGAGUAAAGAGGAAAAGAAACAGACAGGGUCUGAUGAGAAGCCCCCAUCAAGGAGAGGAUCCAGCAGAUCAGAAGAUGAAGGAAAAGAGGAAAAACGAGCAGAGGAAAUGACUCCUGGCAAGAAUAAUGAAGAGGGCACAAAGGAGGAGGAAGUGUGUCAUGAUGCCCCAGGGGAAGAGAACUCUUCCCAGCCUCCCUCUGGAAACAAGGAGGAGGUGUGUGAUGGUCACCAGGGAGAAGAGCAAGAAAGCAGUGCCUGUGAACAGGAAAAGGGGGACAAGGAGAAGGAAGAAGCUGAAGAUGAAGCAAAGGAGACCAGUGAGAAUGCAGACACACAGAGAAUGUCAGACACUGAAGAAACGCCACUGGCACCUGAACCACUGCAGGAUGCAGUACGCUUAGAGACUGCCAAUGAGCCUUCAACGUCAGACACGCAGGACCAGGGCACAGCAUAACUGUGAUGCACAGGUAAG